AUGCUGUUUUAUAUACACUUUAGAAGAGUCAUUGAGGGCUAGGAAUACUUUAGAAUUAUCUAUGAAGUUUGCUGGACUUUCAAGCUCGGGUAAUUAUACUAUCUUAGAAUAUUGGAAUAGCUUCCGGAUACGGAAACCGACGCCACCCGCAUCAUCACCAAGUCUUUGUCGAUUUUACUAGGUCUACAAACAACUAUGUCCAACUGCUCUUCGCAAAGUUAGUCAAUAGCAUUGUAUCAUGUAGCUUACUCUCUUUUUUUUUUUUUUUCCCCAUUUCCAUUCUUCGAAAACAAAAAGAAAAAAAAAGAGAAAGAAAAAAUAGAAAGGCUUUCCUCUCAGAAGCUAUGACAGAUUCUCUUGUACAAAGCUUCGUAAAGCGAUCUCGCCUGGAGCGCCAAGGGGAACUGGAUCGACUGGCUCGGGAACAACGUGUGGAUUUGGGCUUGAUUCUCGGGCUGUCCUUGAAAAUUGGCGGAUGUCAAUCACAUGUUGAUUAUGCAGGCGGGUUAGACGGCAGGAGAAAAUGGACGGACCUAGCGAAGCUGACAAGAUUAUUGCGACGAGAAGUUAAGCUGGAUGGCCAAGAACUGGACGCAAAAAAAGGGAAAGAUAUGCCGUCUCUUAGAGAUGCACUGGCCAAUGCUGCACCGAUGGAGAUAAACCAAAACGCUGCUUUAGAGCGGAAGGGGAGAAUCCAGAAGAAAUACCAUGAGUACGCUGGCAUAUUGUCACAUAUCGAUAAAGCAGCGAUCGCCUCCUUUACGCUUGGUAUCAUACAGGCUCGCAACGGCCUCACAUCCACCAAUAAUUCAUCUCCAUUACGAUUACCUCAGAUUGACGGACCACUGUUCGGGUCAGCACACGUCUUCUACUCGAUCAAAUUCUUCGAUUCAAGGGGCAAGGAAAUUACUAAAUGGAUGAUAAAGAUCCCCAUCAACGGUACGCCGGAUAUAUGGGAUGAACUGUGUGCUGAGACAUUACUUACCGAAGCGCUCGUACUCUAUACGCUCCGCACGGAGACCAACGUUCCAGUGCCUGCGAUUAUCGAUGCCGACUCCUCCCCUCAUAACGAGAUUCACGUGCCUUACGUGAUCAUGGAGUACGUAGCUGGCCUGACGCUGGACCAGGUAUGGUUUGGUAGGGGUGAGGAUGGGCUUGAUGAGAAGCGGAUCAGGGCGACGAGGAGUAAGGUCCUACAGAAUCUGGCGCAGGCGAUGCUUCAACUUGGGAAGUACGAAUUUAAACAUGGAGGAGCGCCCGUUUUCGACGGCAGUGGGAUACUCAUUGGCGUAGGACCCUCCAGAGAGCUAAAUAUACAAGCCAUGGUAAAUCAUUGGCUCAACAACGAGCAUUGCGAGCGAGUACCCUUAUACGCCCCGGUAGGUCCCUUCAAAGACGUAAGGGAAAUGUACACUGCGCCCUUGGACCGAUUCCCGUGCGACACCGAGGCAACAAUGGGCGUUGACAAAUUGCUUCGUCUCCUUGUAGGCCUUAUACGUGAGCCCUCUAGACCAAGGUCUGCAAAAGGCAAAGAAAGAUGGAGCAAGUCAAGCAAGAGGUUUGUCCUUACACACCCGGGCCUGAGCAUGCGCCACAUCAUAGUGUCGAAAGAAGGUGAUAUCAAAGCAAUCGUGGGCUGGGACGGCGUGUACGCCGCACCGAGAUCAGUCGGUAACGAGGCUUUCCCGCCGUGGCUCGUGAGAGACUUUAACACGUUUAUAUGGCGCUGGCGGCCAUCUCCUGUACUGUGGAGGGGAAAAGAGGGAUACGAGGAACCCGGAGGUAACCGCUACGAGGAUGCGCCUUGGGUAUUAAAAGAGCUAAGAGAUGAAUACGUAGGGAUUAUUCAGAGAUUGAAGAAAGAAAAUAAGGACGACAAGCACGAUGAAGACGAUGAGGAUGUAGACACGAGCGUGACGAAACAGUCGUUGAUGGCGCUUAGCUUGCACACAGCAGCCAAAGAUCCAAGAUGCAGGAGUGCUAUCCUGAAGAGGAUCCUGGAGAAGUGCUCUCGGCCAUCUGAGGAGUUUGACUACGAUCGUAUUGUUGAGAUACUCGGUAGCGGAGGAUAUUUGGAUGGGUACAUGCUGAAGUGUUUGGAGAAGAACUUUCGGGAGCUUGUGGAUUGCGGGUAUGUUAGAGGUGCCGUCGUCUGGUAAUCACCAUGAAAUCACCAUGAAAUCAUCAUAACGGUCGUUGUGUAAGGAAUUAAUCACUUUGUGGAGAGGGUGCAAUGCGCAAGGCAAAGGGGCUGUACUGUGGUACUGUGGUAUAUAAAGGGCUAAUGCAAUCAAAAUCUUUAAGGCAAGAU